AUGGAUCAAACUUUUGAUCAUCGUUCUUUGCGCCGUGGGUGUGGCCCGUGCCAGCCAUCCCUCCCGCCGUGGCCAGCCAUUCCAUCCAUCCGUCCUACUCCACCCAGACCGCGCACGGUGGCCAUACGCUCCUACCCGCCCUUCCGUUCCACCCGCGCCCGUAGCCCACGCCGCUGCCCUCCACCCCAUCUCCCCGCUGUGAGCCCAUCUCCCCUCUCCACCAGCACCUCUCACGGCUCCCCGUCCACCUACGCCGCCGCCCCCAUCGUGGCUAAGGCCGUCGCUCCCGUCGCCUACGCCGCUCCCGCUGCGUACGCCGCGUACGCCGCUCCCGCCGUGGCUGCGUACUCCGCCCCCGCUGUGGUGACCAAGACCAUCUCCCCCGCCGUCUCCUCCGUGUCGUCGUACUCCACCCACACCGCGCACGGCUCCGCGUACGCCCCCGCCGCGUACGCCGCGUACUCCGCUCCCCUGGUGGCUAAGACCUACGCCGCUGCUCCCGUGGCUGCCUACGCCCACGCCGCUCCCGUCCUCAAGACCGUCGCGUACGGUAACCACGGUUGGUGAACUGGAUCAAAAUGUGUUCUUGUAAAUAGACAAAUUAUAAAAUAAAACGACUCGCCAUAAUUUA